AUGCUAUCGAAGAAGUUCAAGGAAAUAGCUGAUGACCCUUACAUCUACCAACACAUCAAUAUUAUAGACUUUGAGACCGUCAACCCGCUUAGAUCAUGGUGCACAUCUAACAAAUUCUCAAACUUCAUCAAUCGUUGCAUCCAGUGCCGCAACCCUGAGGCCCUCUACAUGGUGGGGAUACGAUACUUCUUCCGAGACAAUAAGGAAGAAGCCAGAAUUCAGCGGCUUAAGAGUGCAAUUUCGAAGGGCCAUCAAGUAACAAUGUACGUGUACGGUGUAAUCUUGGUGUGCCAUGGGUGGGAUUCCAAGCAUGAAGGGCUCAAACUUCUCUAUUCUCUUAAUUGUUCACAACUCGGGAUAGUUGAGUGUAAUGGAAUGCCGAGAGAAGUUUCGGCAGUGUUUGUCGGGUUUUUAGGUGCAUAG